AUGUCCAACAACGAAAAAUCAACAGCCGAACAGAGCACAACUCUCGAAGACGAUGAACCCGAUGACUGGGAUAAGCGCAUCUUCAGCACCGGCUGUUCUGCGCUCGAGGCGCGAGGUCUACAGAGCCUACGACCUACACCGUCCAUCCUCUCGUACCGUUCGAACUACACUUCUCUUCGCGCUCAAUCCACGACGUCGACCUCAACCUCAACMCCCGCCAACAAACCCACGCCCCGACCAACACAGACACUAAACACGCCUAAAUCCACACCCUCAUCUCCAUCUCCAUCUACCUCAACCACAGCAUCCUCCUCCUCCUCCACCACAUCAACGACAUCAUCGCCCACAACCCCCAACAUCGCCAAAACCGGCCUCGCCGACAAACCCCCCUUCUCCCCAGACGCCUCUUCAGAGAAAAUCGACUGGACCCGGUCCUUCCACGGCAUAAGCUCAACGCCGUUCUCUCCCGAAAUCGCGUCUGUGCUGUUAGAAGAAGUAAACAGCGACGACGUCGAAAUCAAACCAGACGGAAUCGUAUAUCUGCCCGAAAUCAAAUAUCGACGAAUCCUAAACAAAGCGUUUGGGCCGGGAGGGUGGGGGCUUGUGCCGCGGAGUGAGAGUAUUGUUACACCCAAGAUGGUGACGAGGGAGCUGGUAUCAAUAGCCCGCGGUGAACAAGACUACUUCAACCCAGACGGCAUCCCCACAGCCACCGAAGGCUGCAAAUCGAAUGCGCUGGUACGCUGCUGCAAGGAUCUGGGUGUUGCCAGUGAACUGUGGGAUCCGCGCUGGAUUCGACGCUACAAAGCUGAAUAUACAAAAGAAGUGUUUGUGGAGCAUGUGGUAAAUAAGAGGAAGAGUAAGAUCUGGAUUAGGAAGGAUGAGGAGGUGGGUUAUCCGUGGAAGGUUACUAAGUAG